GUGGGCGCAUUGACUGCACACGGCAGCGCCCACUUCCGCUGCGCUCUCCCCACUCCAGGCUCUUUCCAUUCUUCCUAUUUUACCCUUAUCGAUCGCGCCCUUCGCGCCACCUCUCUUUCCUAAAUCGUAAAGGGCAUUUCAGUCACACUGAUACUUCUUUUUUUUUUUUAAUUAUUUUUUUUUAUUUUUCAUUUUUUUUGGGUGUAGAAAUGUUCACAGUUCUCACCGGUGGAUCGGCGUUCCCUUUCAAACGGAAGUAGAAAUUUAGAAAAAAAAAAAAAAAAAAAACGAAGAACAAAAAACGAGAACUUAUUUUCGGGCCAUUUCUGCCAUAGUUUCUUCCACUUCCCAUCUCCCUCGAAUUGUUUCCUGCGAACCCUAAUUUCGAUUCCCGAUUAACUUCGGUUUGCCUUCAAAUUGCACAAUUGUUCGAGUCCUCUCAUUCAGUGUAAAGUCUGUUCAUUGGAAGUCAUGAGUACGGGAGAUCUUCUCAACAUUCAACCUACAGAACUCAAGUUCCCCUUUGAAUUGAAAAAGCAGAGUUCAUGUUCCAUGCAAUUGACCAAUAAGACAAAUCAGUAUGUAGCCUUCAAGGUCAAAACAACCAACCCCAAAAAGUACUGUGUUCGUCCAAACACUGGAAUUGUUUUACCUGGGGCAUCGUGCAGCGUUACAGUGACCAUGCAAGCCCAGAAAGAGGCACCGUCUGAUAUGCAGUGCAAGGACAAAUUCCUCCUACAGAGUGUUGCUGCACCAAAUGGUGCAGCAACCAAGGACAUAACCCCAGAAAUGUUUAACAAAGAAGAUGGGAAGGUUGUCGAGGAGUUUAAAUUGCGGGUUGUUUACAUUCCAGCCAAUCCUCCCUCACCAGUUCCCGAAGGAUCUGAAGAAGGAUCUUCGCCCAUGGCAUCGGUGCUUGAGAAUGGGAAUCAAAAUGUUUCACCUUUUGAUGCUGUCUCAAGAUCUCUGGACGAGCCCAAGGAUGGAUCUUCAGAGGCAUGGUCUAUGGUUUCUAAAUUGAAUGAGGAGAAAAAUUCUGCUAUUCAACAAAAUCAGAGGCUUCGCCAGGAACUGGAGUUAAUGAGAAAAGAAAUUAGCAAAAGCCGUGCUGGUGGCUUCUCCUUCAUCUUUGUGGUGCUUAUUGGCCUACUGGGAAUCCUGGUUGGGUACUUGGUUAAGAAGACGUAAGAGUUGCGGUUGGAGUAAUCUGCCAUUUGUUGUCUGGAUACCCAAAGAACGUUAAUGGUGUUCCAAAAAUUUUUAAUUCUAGGAACUUAGGCCCCAACCAGAAAAAAAAAAAAUUUAGUGUUUCAUUGUGUAUUAUUUUCCCUUGAAUUAUUGUCUUGUUUUAGUUUGAUGGACUGUUCUUGGAUCAAAUUUUCCUUGUUUUCAAUGACUAGUGGAUGGUAAGGCUCAAGCUCUGGAGUUAGUCUA